AUGGAUCAGAUGUCACCUGAUAACAUAAAUGGACUUAUUUUAGCAGUCUCUUCAAGUAUUUUUAUUGGAUCUAGCUUCAUCAUCAAGAAAAAAGGUCUCAAGAAGGCCGGUGCAAGCGGAGUCCGUGCAGGCGAAGGAGGACACGGAUACUUAUAUGAACCAUGGUGGUGGGCUGGAAUGAUAACUAUGAUCGUUGGGGAAGUAGCCAAUUUUGCAGCCUAUGCAUUUGCACCAGCUAUUCUAGUAACACCUUUGGGAGCUUUAAGUAUUAUAUUCAGCGCAGUGCUCGCGCAUUUUAUUUUGCAAGAGAAAUUACAUAUAUUCGGGGUGCUUGGUUGCGUUCUCUGUGUUGUUGGGUCGACAACUAUAGUCUUACAUGCCCCACAUGAGCAGAAAAUAGAAUCAGUCAAGCAAGUAUGGAAGCUUGCCAUCGAACCAGGUUUCCUUGUGUAUUCUGCUGUGAUCUUGAUUGUGGUACUUGUACUGAUCUUCUACUAUGAACCGCGCUAUGGGAAGACUCAUAUGAUAGUAUAUGUCGGAAUCUGUUCAUUAAUGGGAUCUCUUACUGUUAUGAGUGUUAAAGCUGUGGCCAUUGCCAUAAAGCUGACAUUUUCAGGGAUGAAUCAGUUCAAGUACUUCCACGCGUGGAUUUUCAUUCUAGUAGUUACCAUUUGCUGCAUCUUGCAAAUCAACUACUUGAACAAGGCAUUGGAUACAUUCAACACGGCGGUUAUUUCUCCGGUUUACUACGUUAUGUUCACAACUUUCACCAUCAUAGCUAGCAUGAUCAUGUUCAAGGAUUGGGCUUCGCAGAGCGGGUUAAAGAUUGCGACAGAGUUGUGCGGUUUUGUGACAAUAUUGUCAGGAACAUUUCUGCUUCAUAAGACGAAAGAUAUGGGAAACAGUGGAAGUACAAGUGGAAGUGGUCGUGGCUCUGUCUCUAUACCCAGAGACACUCCUGUCUUUACCAAUUCAGGAUCCGGUCGGAGCUCUAGCCCGGAAAAAUAG